UAUAGCGCCAGUUUGGCUUCCCGGUCUCUCACUCUCCCUUCCCUCCUCUUCCAAUGGCGGACAAACUAGCCCUUCCCCUCCUAUUCCCAACUCCGCCGCCCUCAAAAUCUCUUUUCCCAACACAGAGUCUCCAUAAUCACAAGCACCACCAUUCGCACCAGCAGCAGUCGCAGCCGCCGGUGAUGCUACAGACUUCUUCACUAUCAUCAACCCCUGCAACUCCUCAUCUCCAAGAAUUCAUUUCUACCCAAAACUCCAAUUCUCGAGAAACCCGGAGAACAGUAACAAGCCCUGCUUUCAUUACCAGGAGCAAAACUCGAAUUGGCAAGAAUCGUGACCCCAACCGUGGGAAGCCCUGGUCACACUUCCGCCUUUCCCCGCAAGGUCAGAAAGUUCUCGACUCCCUUAACAACCCAUCUUAUCAAGUCUCGGAGUUGGAUGGAAUCUUGGAGACUUUGUUUGAGUAUUACAGAGCUGGGUCUAGUUUGAGUGGUGGUGUUGAUGGUAAAGUUGAUGUUGACGGUUUAUCUAUUGAUGUUCUGGGGGUUAUGAAGGGUUUGGGGUUCCAAAAGAAAUUCGACCUGGCGAUGAGUGUGUUUGAAUGGGUGAGGAGCAGGCAGGGUUACCAGUUGGUUGUCAGUAACUCUAUGGUGGCUUCAGUUUUUAGAAUGCUUGGUAAAAGUGGGAAAGUUUCGGCGGCAGCUUCUCUGCUGAACAGCUUGCAUAAAGACGGGUUUGAACUUGACGUGUAUGCUUAUACAUCUUUGAUUACUGUUUAUGCUAGUAAUGGCAGGUAUAGAGAUGCUGUGAUGUUAUUUAAUAAGAUGGAGGAAGAAGGUUGCAGGCCCACGUUAAUAACUUAUAAUGUUAUUCUUAAUGCGUAUGGGAAAAUGGGCAUGCCUUGGAGUAAGACUAUAGGUCUGGUAGAAGCAAUGAAGAGUGCGGGGAUUCCUCCUGAUGAAUACACAUAUAACACUCUCAUAACUUGCUGCCGUCGAGGGACUUUGUAUGAAGAAGCUGCUGAGGUUUUUGAGGAAAUGAAAGCUGCUGGGUUUUCUCCUGAUAAGGUCACUUAUAACGCCUUGUUGGAUGUUUAUGGAAAGUCUAGGCGGCCAAAGGAGGCUAUGAAGGUAUUGAGUGAUAUGGAGAUUAAUGGGUUUUCUCCUAGCAUUGUGACCUACAAUUCAUUGAUAUCAGCUUAUGCAAAAGAUGGGUUAUUGGAUGAUGCUAUGGAGCUUAAAUCACAAAUGAUAGAGAAUGAGAUCAUACCGGAUGUUUUUACGUACACUACUCUCCUGUCAGGAUUUGAGAAGGCUGGGAAAGAUGAGUAUGCAAUGAGUAUAUUCAAGGAAAUGAGAGAUAAUGGCUGCAAGCCCAAUAUUUGUACUUUCAACGCACUGAUUAAAAUGCAUGGUAACAGGGGUAAUUUUACUGAGAUGAUGAAGGUUUUUGAGGAGAUUAAAGCAUGCAACUGUGCUCCCGAUAUUGUUACUUGGAACACGCUUCUUGCAGUGUUUGGGAACAAUGGAUUGGACUCUGAAGUUUCCGGAGUGUUUAGGGAGAUGAAAAGAGCAGGGUUUGUGCCUGAGAGGGACACCUUCAACACGCUAAUUAGCGCGUACAGCAGAUGUGGUUCUUUUGAACAAGCCAUGACCAUUUACAAGAGAAUGCUUGAAGCAGGAGUUACUCCUGGCCUUUCAUCCUACAAUGCUGUCCUGGCUGCACUUGCCAGGGGUGGGCUUUGGCAACAGUCUGAGAAAAUUCUUUCUGAAAUGAAAGACAGUGGCUGCAGGCCCAAUGAAUUUACAUACAGUUCGUUGCUUCAUGCUUAUGCCAAUGGGAAAGAGAUCGAGCGAAUGCAUGCUCUUGCUGCAGACAUAUAUUCAGGAGCUAUUGAGCCUCAUACUCUUCUCUUGAAGACCCUUGUUUUGGUUAAUAGUAAGAGUGACCUUCUGGUGGAAACUGAGCAUGCUUUCUUGGAGUUGAAGAAGAAAGGAUUUUCACCUGAUAUCAGUACACUGAAUGCCAUGAUUUCUAUAUAUGGAAGGAGACAAAUGGUCGCUAAAGCUGAUGAGAUCUUAACCUUCAUCCAUGACCGUGGGUUCACCCCAAGUUUGGCAACAUACAAUACUUUGAUGUACAUGCACAGCCGCUCUGGAAAUUUUGAGAAGUCGGAAGAAAUAUUGAGAGCAAUUCUUCAGAAAGGACUGAAACCAGAUCUAAUCUCAUACAACACGGUUAUUUUUGCCUAUUGUCGAAAUGGUCGGAUGAAGGAAGCAUCAAGAAUCUUUUCAGAAAUGAAAGAUUCUUCUGGGCUUACUCCGGAUGUGAUCACAUAUAACACGUUCAUUUCAAGGUAUGCAGCUGACUCGAUGUUUGAGGAAGCCAUCAAUGUUCUGCAAUACAUGAUCAAGCAGGGUUGUCAGCCGAAUGACAGUACAUACAACUCUAUUGUUGAUGGCUAUUGUAAGCACAGUCGCCAGGGUGAUGCAACCAUGUUCAUUAGCACUCUUCAAAAGCUUGAUCCACGUGUUACUAGGGAAGAAGAGGGCAGGUUGUCACAACGAAUAGCAAAGAGGUGGCCCUAAGAAGUAAUUGUCUUCUUCGACUUAGUAUUGGUGCUCUGCAAGCUCCCUUUUUCUUUAUCAUGAUCUUAAGAAUAUGGUGUAGCCUUUCACCAAUUGUUCAUUAAUGCCUUGUCAUCCGUUGGCCGAUUUAGCAAUAGGGGUUAGCCUGUUACACAUGUCAUGUCAAAUAUUUGCGAGGAUGAAGACGCAUCUGAACUGAUACGGUAAAGGAAGGCUCUGGCUUCAACAGAUAACUCAAGAAUUGUGAUUCCAGGUACCUAAAUUGUGAUUCUCCUAGUACAUAUUUUGUAUUAAUGCGGUCAAUAGUUCUCUUGUUGCUUGCCCUUUGCUUGCUGAAUUACUAGGACAGAAAUGGCAUGUACAUAACAUUGAGAUCGAUGAUCAGAAAGUACUUGCGACUUGCAAUUGCUUUUAUUGUCUACAUUGUGCCUGUAUAAGACAGACGUGUUGUUGGAAGCUGGGUUGAGUUAGGUGUAAUGUAACCCGCAUUCAACUUUAAACCUUUCUACGUAGUGAAUUUAGGACUUCAAUGUGAUCCGAGUUUGGGUAUUAUACCUGCAGAUUUUGGAGAGUAAUUCACUUGCGGGUUGCACCAUGGAUUUCAGUUUUAAGAAGAAGAAGAAGAAACAGGCGGUUCCGAAAGCAUUGAUUUCACUUGCAGCUUUUUAGGAGAGUAAUUCUCAAGCAGCAGCGUGGAAAGAAGGCAAGUAACUAUGACAUUUUGAGAGGGUGUUGCACCAUGGAUUGUAAUAUCUCAAUUAGCGUUGUAUAUGCAUCUCAAUUAACUAUGGAUUGUAUAUAAAGAAAGAUACUAUUUUUUUUCUUUUUCCGAUUGAUAUCAAGAGAGGACAAGAGUUAUACAAACAAAACCACCAUGGAACCUCCUACAAGCCACAUUCUAGUGAAGCCACCCAAAAAAAUCGAAAAAUUAUAAUAUAAGAGAGACAAUAGCAGUGCUUUACGAGCCACUCUAUGGGCAGCACUGUUGGCGGCUCUAGGAACUGCCCUAAACUCUAUGCAAAUUGGAAAAGAGUAUAGGAUUUGACGACACUCUCGGAGCACCGGACCUCCAUAGGAAUCUUCUAAGACAAAUUGUCAGAUCUGGAUGACAGCUACCACGAAAUCACCUUCCACUAUCACAUGAGUCAAGGAUCUUGAGUCAACGAUGGUGAUAGCGCCUCUUACUACUAGGAGCUCUGCCAGGUAGGGGUUGACUACUUUCUGAUGACGCAUAUCGGCUGCUAGCACCACAUGCCCGUCUGACCCACGGAUAACAAGACCAGACUAGCAUCCUGAGUCACGAACAGCUGCAUCAAAGUUGAUCUUCAAAUAGUUGUCUGGUGGAGGCUCCCAAGUGGUGAGAGGAGGAUUUGGGAGGAGCAAUCUGGGGGCGGAGGAGGGGGGUGAAAAUUGGAGACUUCAAGGACCUGGUUGUAGAAUUAUCUGGUGAGGGUACGCACAUGAGGUUGGUAGAAUUCAAAAGUCACUUUAUUUCUAGACUUCCAGAUUCUUCAAAAUAAACAGAAGCAUUGGAGAAUGUGGAAUGGGGAGAUCUCAGAGAUCAUGACAUGUCACCACCAUAGACUAAAAUUAACAGUCGGGGCGGAAUCAAUGAAGUUGCUCAAUCCCACUAAGGUCCACAACUUGGUGGCUAGGGGGCAUCUGUGUAUAAUGUGCUCUUGAUGUCGCAAGCACAUACGACAUCGAUUGAGACAGUUAAUUCCACGUAUUUGUAGGACUACCACUGUGAGAAGAAUGACUUUGAGGUAUUGCCAUAUGAAAAUUUUAAAGUUAGGUUGGACUUGGAUAUUCCAAAAAAAAUCGGGAAAUUUUUUUGAUUACCAACCUUCGUAUAUAUAUGUUAUCAUUAUAGUGCAAGCUAAUUUUUAACUUACUAUUAGAGUAAUAAAAUGACUUGGCAUAC